CAGAAUUGUAGAUAUAAAUAACACUGUUUCGUGUUCUUGUAAAGAGCGCACAUAUCACGUCCUGAAGCUAACCUUUUAUUGGGGCAAACCGAGUGACAAGUUUUGCGGCUAUUCCCGAGCGAUGUAUAAGUUAGUUCUAGGCCUGUUUCUGAUCACAUUCCAAGUGGGUUGCCAUGGUGCCCCAGGGCUGAAGAUGAAACUAAAACAUGUCGUAAAAAGAGCAGUCUGCACCAAAGAUCAGCUGGAGGAAGAUUCAAGUUGUGCCCAUUGGAAAGAAAGCGGAUAUUGUGAGCGGCAACACCAAUAUUAUGAGUACGUGUCAGCCAGGUGUCAAAAGAGCUGCGGCCUAUGCGAACCACCACCUCCACAAGGUAAGAUCAAAUCGAGUCUCGUAAGAUAUUUAAACCGCAUAUGUUCUAGAGAAAUUAUAACUCAAGGUCCUUCACAGCCGAUGUUUAGACUCGUCGAGCAACUCGCUUUCUCCAUCACAAAACAGUGCUGAACCACUGAAAACACU